AUGUUCCACCCCCGCAAACCAACAAUAGCAAUAGCAGGCCUGGCAAUAGAAACCUCCACCUUCCACGCGGGCCGCACCGAGGCCGAGGCCUUCCACCCCCGCCGCGGCACGGCCGAGAUAACAGCCUACCACGCCGCCGUCCUGGACCGCCCUUACCACCAACACCCAGCCAGCAAAACCAGCACCACCACAGCCACAGCCACAGCCACAGCCACACUCCGCGACGCCGCGAACUGGGUCGGCGCCCUGACGGGCCACGCCCUCCCAGGCGGCCAAGUGUCCGCCGCGGCGUACGCGCAGCUCGAGGGGGACCUCCUGGCGCGCCUGCGGGCCACCGCCAACCUGCUGCGCCGCAUCCGCGGCGUCGUGGGGCCGGCCUGCGUCGUCAGCGCCAGCAUGGACCUGCACGGCAACGUGUCGCGGGGCCUGGCGCACCUGUGCGACCUGCUGACGUGCUACCGGACGGCGCCGCACGUCGACGUCGUCGAGACGAGGGCGCGGGCGUGUGAGAACCUGCUUGCCGUGCUGGCGAGGCGGGGGGAGGUCGGGGGGGAGGGGCAGUUCAGGCCGUUCAAGGCGUGGGUGCCCGUGCCGAUCCUGCUCCCCGGCGAGCAGACCAGCACGCGCGACGAGCCGGCGCGGUCCAUCUACGCCGCCGUGCCGGGCGUCGAGGCCGGCGAGGGGGUGCUCGACGCCUCGGUGUGGGUGGGCUACGCGUGGGCCGACGCGCCGCGGGACCGGGCCGCGGUGGUGGUGACGGGGUGGGACGAGGGUGCGGCGGGCCGCGGGGCCGAGGCGCUGGCACGGCUGCUGUGGGACAAGAGGGGCGAGUUCCACUUUGUCGCGCCCACGGGGAGCAUGGCCGAGUGCCUGGACACGGCGCUGGGGCGCAUCAGGGAGGACAGGACAAAGCGGCCGUUCUUCAUCAGCGACUCGGGGGACAACCCCACCGCGGGAGCCAGCGGGUUCAACACGUGGGGCCUGGCGCAGGUGCUGGCGAGGGACGAGUUCAGGGACCCCGACGGUGGGCCGCGGGUCAUCUACGCCAGCGUCCCGCACCCGCACGAGGACCUCCGGGGCGCCGUCGUCGGGGCCGCGCUGACGGUGACGCUCGGCAACGGCUGGGACCCCGAGCUGGACAGGGAGCUGACGGUCACGGGGCGGGUGCACAGCGUGAAGCACGGCGACAAGGACGCCGGGACCGAGGUGGUCCUGCGGGUCGGCAGCGUGUUUGCCAUCCUGACGGACAAGAGGAAGCCGUACCACAAGGAGAGGGACUUUACGGAUCUUGACCUCGAGCCGCGGGAGGCCGACAUCGUCAUCGUCAAGAUUGGGUACCUCGAGCCCGAGCUCUACGACAUGGCCAACGACUGGAUGCUGGGCCUCACGCCUGGGGGCGUGGACCAGGACCUGGUCAGGCUGGGCCACAGGGAGAUCAGGAGGCCCAUGUUCCCAAUGGACAAGACGUUUGAGAAGGAGCCGGACCUGUCGGCGAGGAUCAUUGCCAUGUCGAACGAACCGCUCGAGGGUCCAGAUGAGUAG